AUGGGUUUAGCAGGGCCACGCAAGAAGACCAAGAUCUCCAAUGAUCCAAACAACACCAAUUGGACCCGCUCCACAUCCGGGUUCGGUCAUCGGAUCAUGAGUUCUCAGGGAUGGAAACCUGGCAAUCUUCUGGGAGCCCGAGAUGCUGCCCACGCCGAUCUAUUGACUGCCGCCAGCGCUUCCCAUAUCAAAGUUACACUCAAGGAUGACACCCUUGGACUGGGCGCCCGCAUCGGCCGCGACCCUAUGGAGCCUACAGGCCUUGACGCCUUCAAGGGCCUACUCGGUCGCCUGAACGGCAAAAGUGAUGUGGAAUUGAAGAAAGAGGAACGAAAGCGGGACGACGUCAGACUGGCUCGAUAUGCAGCCCUCAAGUUCCCAGAGGUGCGAUUCGUCAGUGCGGGACUAUUGGCGCAGGAGCCGGAGCCGGAGUCUGAUAUCGCACCUCCGAUUCCGAAGGAGAAUGCCCUCACAAAAUCAAACGCGGGCAAAGAAUCCAGCGAAAGUUCUGAUUCUAGCUCGAGCGAGUCGGAUGCUCCAGCACGCAAGUCGAAGAAGUCCAAAUCUAAAUCCAAGUCCAAAUCGAAGAAAGACCGUUCAGGUGCUGAAGACACGGAUCACACAACGUCAAGCUCGGAGUUGAAGAAGGAAAAGAAGGAAAAGAAAGAUAAGAAAGAUAAGAAGGAGAAGAAGGAAAAGAAGAAGUCCAAGAAGAGAAAGGCUGAUGAUGAGCCGACUGAAUCUUCGGAUCAGAUUUCUGCACCAAAAGUCAAAGCGACACCAACAGUAUCAGGAGAGAGGCGGCCUAUCGGACGCAAUGUAUUCCGGUCACGCUACAUUGCCCAGAAAAAGAUGGCAUUGAUGGACGACAAGUCUCUCAACGAGAUCUUCAUGGUCAAAGCAUAG